UACAAAACAAAUAUAAAUGAAAAACACCAAUAACUUUAAUUGUUUUUUUUUUUUUUUAAUAAAGCAAAUAGAAGUGAUUUCUCACAAUUUGUUAAAAGUUUAUUGUUAAUGGAAAUGUGUGUAAGUAUAAACGAAGAGACUGCCAGAUGGUCGUUCAACCUACUAGAAACAGCAGUCUUAUCUUCAAAUCUCCCCCCUAUCCAUUUAACAAUAAUAAUUCUUUCUUAUACAGUAACAAGGCCUGAAACCUGGGGAUGGGGGAGAGGUUUAUCAAUUACAUCGACCUAAGUAUUUGACUGAUACUUUAUUUUAUCGCCCCCGAAAAAAAGGGGGAAUGAAUAACAAAGCCGAAAACAUUGAAUAAUGCAUUCUUGGAGGCAUUUAGGGUUGACGUAUAGCAGCCUAAACACCUACAACAAUUACAAUUAAUUAUGUGAAAUUUGAAACCUGGCAGAUAGAAGGGGAAAUAAUUUAAACAGUACAAUUAACUUACUAAAGUCCGUUAGAACAUCAGACUUUUAACAAAUACUAAUAUUUCUAACAAGAAAUAUUUAUCGUCCAUUGUUCUUCUCGGAUACAUAAAUCUUUUGCUGCAGCUGAUUCGAAGGUUUAUUGCGUAUGACCCUGUGAGUCUCCAGAGUCUAGGUUCUCAUCCGGGGUCCAUAUAGGAUUUUAUUGUUAAAAUUUGUGCUAUAAACCGCUUAUAUUACCUAUAUGGCAAAUAUUACUACACAAAAUAUUUAAACAUUUUCUAUAAUACCUAAUAAUAUAUAAUCGUAAAAAUAUAAUAGAGGAGUUUUUAGACAUCGAAUGGCUAUGAGGAUCCACCCGAGUAAAAUAGGAAUCAAGGGGCCCCCAUAAGCAAGAAAAUGGUUAAGAACCACUACUUGAGAGAUUAACACAUGCUAAAAACGGUAGUCCAGUCCUCUUAUAUCAUGCUGUCUUUAAACAAUUAUAAUUAUAUACCUUACCUCACCAAAAAAAAAAAAAAAAAAAAAAAAAUGGGAAGUACACAUGGUCAUGGAACCUCCAGGCAGUCGUCGUUGGAUUGUCUGAUCAUAGAAGUACUCUGAUUAAUAAGGCCUGACCGAGGGUUAAACGCCAUGUGUAAGUGUAUAUAUGUGUAGUAUUUUUGUAAAUUAAAUGAAAAUAUUUAAUCUCUGGCUAGUGACUGAGGAUAGAGUCAGAUCUACAAUAAAUAAACUACGUUUUUUCCCCUUUUUGUUUGUAAACUCCGCCGAACAUGUUAGUGCAUGCUUUUUUGUUGCAUGUGCGUGCGAAAUCUCUACGGUCCGCCGCCGCCUCCUCCUUCUCAUGUGUAGCCAUUCCUCUGUUGCCUCCUCUUCUCUGUGUGUUACCGCCACCUCUUUUACGUCUGCUGCCAUGCCGCCGCCGCUUCCCAGUCUAUGGCCAUGCCACCCCUCCCACAGCAUUAAUUCUUUUCUUCCAUUAACGUUAUAAAGCACUUCUUUCGUUCCGUCAUUUUUCAGUUGGAGCUGUUGUUGUCGUAGAAUCAGAGCGGCGACUAUAUAUAUAUAUAUAUACACACACACACACACUUAUCUACAGCUAUCUAUUUAUUAACCUGAAUGUGCAUUUUGCAAACUCUUUCUGCGAAAUUAUUCCCUUCAAAGUUGUCCAAAUGAAGGUCAAGAUGGAAGGGUUCCAUAAACUCCAUGAUGACUUGGAGAAAGUUAUUGAGAAGGAAGAUUCCAACAGUUCAGUCACUACGGAUUCUGAUGAAACCAAACAAGAAUUCCGCACAAUCCGUGAACGGGUCAUCCACUUGAUUAACACCAAUAUAUUCCAAAUUGGAAUUAUCUGCCUUGUCUUUCUUGAUUGUCUACUGGUAAUUUCUGAACUUCUGCUAGACCUUCAAAUACUUCAGGUACAUGAUUAUGACAAAAUGGCUGUUGCUUUCAUUUUGCGCUAUGCUAGCUUAGCUAUUUUGGGAAUAUUCUUGCUGGAAAUUGCUCUUCGGUUAUAUGCAUUGAGACUUGACUUCUUCAGGCAUAAGAUGGAAAUGUUUGAUGCAGUUGUCGUUAUAGCUUCAUUUGUAUUGGAUAUUGUAUUCAGACAGCAUGACGGACCUGAGAAUGGUGUGGGUCUUUUAAUUGUGCUUAGAUUAUGGAGAAUGACUAGAAUCUUGAAUGGUAUUAUUAUGUCUGUGAAGAAACAAGCAGACAAGAAGCUGCAGAGAGAACGCCGUUUGCGUGAAGCUUGUGAACAAGAAUUGUCCAAGUUUCGUGAAUAUUGCUCUGCUCAAGAAGGAGAAAUAGAACUUCUGCAAGGACUCCUACGUAAACAUGGAAUUACUGAUGCUGACAAACAUGAACAGCCACCCUCAGUUAGUACCAUUGCUGUCAUUGCAGAAGUUAACCCAGUGGAACACCAGAUUCUUAACAGUAAUAACAAUGGAUGUAAUAUUACCCAAAAUUUGUCUAGUAAUUCAACUAUAACAGCGACAACAACAGUAACAGUUGCAACAACUAUAACAGCAGCAACGACAACAACAGCAACAACACCAAACAUAUUAAUUAGCAGUAUUUCUUCCACAGAUAACGGCAGAUCACCAUCAAGGACUUCGGUUUCAACAUGUAUACUAACACCAGCCCUGUCUACACCGCCUACUCCACCACACCCAAUACAAACUACAACCCUUGAUAAAACUGCCACAGCUAAUUUCAGUCAAACUAAAUGAUACUGAUGACAGCAGUGAAUUCUUAUUCCCUUAACGUGAUAAACCUUAACCCCCACCACACAUACACACACACUACCCAUCCACCUCCCACCAACGAGAUUUUCUUUUGUACAGAAACCAAACAAAAAAAAUUUUACUAAUCAAAAAUGUAUGAAAAUUUUUGUAAUGUAGAUGAGCUAAUGUUUUCUCUACAUUUUUAAAAUUUUUAUGAAAUCUGUAUGUUCCUCUGUUUCAUAUUUGUGACUUUUUUUUUCUACUGUUUCACCCUUCCAACAGUUUGCUUUCAUUCUUGAGCAAUUGUACGCACGUGCACACACACACACAAAUUCUUUAUUUAAUAACUUUCUUGUUUGUGCUAUCCUUUUCUUUUUUCCAUCUGUCACACAUACAUACAUUUGUGUUUGUAUAUGUGUAUAUAAUUGACUGUCCUUUCUCUAAGCACAUAAACUUAAAAUUCCCAAUUAAUUUUAAAUUAUCUCCCAUUUUCUUUGAGUUACUAAAAAUUGCCACCAGGCUCUUUCUUGCUCCAAUCAAGAGGAACGGCAUUCAGUAUACACACGCACACACAUACACACAUUCUUUUUCAAGUGUCCUUAUUACUUUUAAUAGAAUCUAUCAUUUCAGCCUAACUGUCUUAUGGCUGUUCACACACUACAUAAAUGCACAUGUGUAUUCAUCAUACACAAAUUGUCCAAGUGUUCAAAUUUCAUAAACCCAACACCAUUUAAAUCCUUGUUUCUUCAAUGAUGUUUGUGUGUGUGUUUGUGCCUGUAUAUCUGAGAGUAUGUAACACAAGUGUUGAACACUUUAAUGCCACCAGCACCACCACCUUCUGUACUUUGUCGCUGCUACUUUUAUCAACUUUGUGAAGAAUCAAGCAAAGUUAAUUUGGAUAUAAAGGAGACAAAACCAAAUAUGCACUGAUUAACAUCCUUUGCCAUAUGCUCAGAUGGGUUUCCAUUUAAUUUUGGCCUACCACUGGAAGAUUUUGGUCAACCCAAGUCUGUAGUUGAAAUACCAUUGUGCCAAUAUGAUUGUAAAAAAAAAAAAUCUUUACCAUACGACCAUACUUUUUUUAUGAAACAAUACUUAGAUAUUGUAUUUGAAACUAUUUUCUACUCAGUUUUGCUGGUAGAAUUGUGAUUUUCUUAACAGUCUGUUAAACUAAGUUGAUACUCAUAAAUUUCUCUGUGAAUAUAUAACCUAUGGUGUGCAAUAUUGGACAUGUUAUGCACCGUCCUUUGUGAACUGAGAUUUAGGCAACCAAUCAUUUAUUUUUCCUGCAUUUAUGUUUCUAGUCAGUCUUUAUCUAAACAUGCUUAUACUUUCCCAUGUUUCCCCAACCCUUGACAAAGGAGGAAGGUCUGCAAAACUGAGAAGUGAGAAAGGGAAGGAACCAUGACUCAAAGGUUUCCUAUCAUAGAACAAACAUUAGCUGUAUGUCAAGAUAACAAAUUAUAUUGAGAUUGGGGACCCAUUAUGAAUCUUUGCUGAUAUAGGGACUCCACUAAAAGUACGAGAGGACUGAGUGAGUGCUGGUAGUGGCAUCUGCUUUAUAUGCAUUGUAGGUUUUUUGUUUUUUUUUGUCUUUAUGGACUAACCAUUGCUUCAUAUCCAUUGUUUGAUUAUAUUUGCAUUUCUUUUUGCUUUUCAUGGGGUCUCAUUAUUUAACUAUUCAAUUGGACAGAUAAUAAAUUUGUACAGCUACAUGUUUAUUUUUCAAAAAAAAUGGUUAAUACUGCUUCGAUAGAUGGAUGUGAUGGAGUCAACAUUUGAAGAAUAAGACUUGGAUUCCGUGCUCUAAGACUCUCUGCUUUGAUUGACUGAACAGUUUCAUCCAUAUCUUGAUCAUCAUUCAGUCCAUUAUAUAUUUCAUUAGAGAGCAUACAUCAUAUCUCCAAAAUGGCUGUCUUCUAUCAUUUAAUAUCAAUAAUCAAAAAGAAAAAAAGGUCAGUUCAGUUUUUUAUAUUUUCAAAAGAAUACCUCAAUAAUGUUUCACAUCUCUUUUCUACUUUCCUAUUUUCU